AACAACCAUUAAGAAUUUAUUGAUAAAAUUUACUCAUAUCAAUCAUUAGCUCGCCACUUGAAUUGAUCAAUUGAAAAUGAGCCUACAAUAAACUCUUUGACAAACCAGUUUACUUGAAAUUGAUGACAAGAAAAUUUGUCAAACAAAUAAUCACUAUUAAUAGAUUCGCGAGAUUACAUGAACAACAAUCGUCCGUAUUGUUGUAUACAAUGUUGAUCAAUAAUAAACAAGCAAAGUCUCAUGGUUUAACAGUCAAAGUAUAAUUAGACUGAUUGGAAAGCCUCAAAUUUUAAACCAUUAAUGUUGAUUAAUGAUGUUGAAAUGAAAGGCCAAUCGAAAGUUGGAAAAUAAAUGAACACAAAAAGCAGCAUUAUCAUUACUGUUGUUCAAAUCCCACUGAACUUAACCAUGCAAAACUGUCAAAGUGUCAGACGGUUUGAUUAAACGAACCUCGUCGACCUGAAUUCAAUUUCACUCAUCCAUAUGUUGAAAACAAGAGCAACAACAAUUACAAUUUAAACCAUUUUCUUACCAAUUUAAGAUGAUUACAAUUAAAGGAAAAUAAGUCUUCUUUGAUUAUUAUGCUCAUCAUCAUCAAUUUCAUUGUUGAAAUAGUCAACCUUUUCAGUCAAUUUUCAGGAUUAACGGUUUUUAUUGAGUAAAUUUGAACGAGACAACAUUUAAGAUGCAGAAGGCCUAAUCAAGACAAUAAAGACAAUAACAAAUCAUUUGAUUAUUGGCUGAUUGAUGAGUGAAAAACUGAAAGCCUAACAUGAUUGAGUUUAUCAUUUAUUGUAAGACUUGAAUCAAAUGUAAUUUAAAUAGCAGGCUGAUUGGGUUAGAAAUUGAUGAACCACACAUUCAUUGCUAAUGAAUCAAUUGGCAACUGCUGCUUUCAUAUUGUAAUUUGCUUUGUACCCAUUAUUGAGUCUAUUGAAGCAUCUUAUAAUCAAUCAGACAAUUGAUUAAUUGUAACAAAGUAACUUGGAAUGAUAAAUGUUAAUAGGAAAGGAUUGAACAGGAUACAAUUGAAUCGAUGACAAUUGUAAUGCCAUUGAGUAUCAGCUCAUUAAGCAUUGAUGAUGAAUUAAAUCACCAAUGAUUCUUCAAGGUUAAUAAUAAACCUUUUGUUGAAAUAAAAUUGAUUGUUGCAUGAAAAUUAGUCAAUGUGACAAUACCAUUAACAAUUUGAUCAAUCUUACAUGUAAACCAUGUUUGAAAUUAAAGAGAGUAGACUACUUUUAAGUAUAAGUUAUGGUCAUUUAUUGAUUACUAUUGGGAGUUUAGGUCUAAAGCUUGAUUUGUCCAUCUAACUAGGUUGUUAUGAUUAUUACAUUGAGUUAUGUUCAACAAUUAACAUGGUUAAAGUUAAAGGUUACUCUAAACUUCAAGGCUUAGGAGUUAGGCCUGAAGAUGUUAGGAUAAGGACGACAGCUUUCAUGGAUGGACAAUCAAAGAGUAAAUCCAAAUCUAAUUAUUCAUAUUCAACAUGGAUUCGUCGAUUGAUUGGAGUUGCUUUAUUUACUUAUGCAUUUAUUCAAUGCUUUAAACAAAUCCGUGAGUUGACCCAGGAUUUCCUAAGACAUGAAGUAAUUGAAUCAGUUUCGGAUCAUAUUGAAGAUUUUGUUGAACCACCGAACUUUUCCUUCUGCUUUGAUUUACUCUCAACAAUCAAUUCAACUCAAUUGUUGGAACGUCAUCCUUCAAUAAUCACAGAGAUUGAACAAAUCCGAAGAGAGGAACCCCAAUAUCACAAUUGGUCAGCAAAUGCUAUAAUUCAUGAUUAUACAAAAGGACCCAGAUUGGUUUUCAAUUUAACCUCAGCUGAAAUCUAUGACCUUUUACCGCGUUUCAAAAAAUCUCUUUUAUCCUGCCAGUAUUUGAACACAAACUUGAAGCUGGGAACAUGUAAUUGGACUUAUUUCACUGAAUAUUUUUUCAACCAAAUGGUUUGCAAUGAAUUUAUCUGGCAUCCAGUCAAUGCUAAACCAAUGGAAGAGAUUAAAUUUCCUUAUGAUGGCAUCAAGAUUCCUGGUUUUCAAAAUACUCGCUUCUUGGCUCUUUACCUUGACUUGUCCCAUCUUCUCAAUGUAACCGUUAUGUCUGUCAUGGCUCAUUCUUCUGUCGAAGUAUCCUGGGACCCGGAAUCAUCGACAUUAGAAACUUAUCCUGAAUACGGUGAAGCCAAGAUAUAUGGACUGUCUUAUCACAAAACUUCGCGAAAAUCACUUCCAUCUCCAUACCAAUCAAACUGCACUGACUUCAAAGAUUCCCCUUAUUUCUCGAGACAAGAUUGCCUUAAAAAUUGCUCUGUAGCUCGUUUCAUAAACCGGACAUCACGACUACCCAGAUAUGCCAUUGUCCGAUCUUUUGAUAACAACAAAAUCCUGUAUGAUUACGAGGAGCGUGAACGCUAUCAAAGUUUAAUUCAACAGCUGUCUGAAUAUUGUAACAAAAUUUGCGGAACAUCAGAUUGUUACUCGGAAGAUUUCAGUCUAACAGUACUCUAUUCACCAAGACAGUCAAUUCAAUCUGGGAAAAAGCUGAUCAUUCAUAUUUAUCCUCCAACAAAGCCCGAUACGGCGAUAAAUACUUCACCAUCAUUGACAUUUCAAUAUUAUUUCGCUUCCAUCGGUGGAACGCUUGGAAUUUGGUUUGGUUUUUCAUUCUAUUCGUGUUUGAUUUGCCUCUUUGAUACCACACCAAAGUUGAUUACAACAAUUAAGAAACUAUGCUCACACAAGCAAACACCCAACAAACCAAAAAUUGAAGUUAACCUGAUUGAACAAACUGAGGUUAAACAACGAUAAUUUCACGUUUCGCUGUAUUAGAUUAUGUUUUAGUUCCUGUGGUUGCUUGAGUAUUUGUAUCAAAGGUAACUCCAUUCACUUAUUCACUAGCCAAGGAAUUGACAUCUUUAACACUUGAUGUUGGACUCACAAUUUAAGAAAAAUAAUAAGACAAAAUGAUUAUUAUUGUUUUGAAGUAUAAAUAAAUAUGUGUAAUUUAAUUGACCAUUGUUUUUGUUAUAUUUGUACUGAGUAACUUCAAGAUGUAAAUUAAGAAGGUUUAGUUGAAACAAGCUAAAAAUAUGUUAUUCAAGUUAAACUGUUAGCGAUGAGAAAGUAAAUUUAGGAAAGGCCAGCUUUUUGAUUGAUGUUGAGUGUUGCAGAUAA